GUAAAUUAAUAGGGGCGUAUAUGGCAUAUCAACAAACUUCUUAACUUACCUAUAUAUUAUUUUUAUUAAACAAAUGCAUCGAAAAUGGUUACCAGAAGCAUAGACAGCACCAACAAAGUGCCCACUUUUCAUGUGAUUCGUGAGGUUUACGACAGUUCAAAUGCCCAUGAAAGAUUUGAGGCUGAGCUGGAUAAGGCAUUAGAGGCAAAAGUAGAUUUCAUAAUCAUAGAGCCUCCACGUCUAGGGGAUGAGACAGGUCGUUGGAUUUGGGUUGGCAAUUGCCUACAUAAGACUGCUGUGGCAUCGGGCGCUGUCUCCUUGGUGGCCAGUUUACUGUGGCAUGAUCGUCCAGUGAUUGCGGCCCCCGUGUGUGCCCUAUCGCUCUUCUGCACCGGCCUAUAUACCGUCUCAUGGAACUAUGAUCCCUGCUGUCAAUAUCAGGUGGAGAACAAUGACAGCGUCUUGGAGAAAUUACCUCUAACGGAUGUCUCAUCGCCUGUGAUUCUGGGCUAUAACCCAAAUACAAAAACCAAAUACUUACAUCGUGGCUUCACCUUUCUAUCGGCUGCACUUUGCGCCUGGCAAAUUUGGCGUUCCUACAAGUAGUAGGAGCUAACGACCAGAAAUAUGAGAUAGAAGAAGAAAUAUCCACAGCCCAUUGCAUUUGCUUUUUUUUUGUUUAAUUGUUCAGGAAUGUGCCACCCCCCCAAUCCCCUUUCCACCUUUCUUUCCCAUUCUCAACUCACAAUCGUUUUGCGUCUGUUUAUGUCUUUGAUACAUUUUUUUUUUAACUUGUCUCUAUGGAAUAUGUUUAGAAAACGGAGUAAAGCAGACUAAACAAAAUUUAGUAAUGUGAUCAGAAAAUUCACUGUAAAAAAUAAUUAAGCAAGCAACAAAAAAAACUUAAAUAUUCUGUGUAUAAAUACAAGGUUAAAAAAAAAGGAAGAAAAGCAACCAACUAAAAUAAAACAUAUAAAUUAUGAUUGUUAUUUAGAGAUUAGCCAAGCGAAAUAAAAAAGAUGUGAAUAUACUGAUAUAUAUAUAUAUAUAUAUAUAAAUAUACAAAAACAAAAAAAAACCAAAAUAAAGUCCAUAAUUCUAUUAUGCAACCCCUAAAACAAACCAGGGCUGCAAUUUUAACUUAAGUCCUAAUUAGAAUUCUCGAAACUCAUCUGCCAUAUCAUUAAAACGAGAUUAUUUUUAAUAAA